GAGAAGGAAGAGGAGAGAGGGGACAGUUCCAGCAGCAAGUUGCUUUUAUUAUUGAAGCGGCGACAGUGAGCGGACCGCCAGAGGAGGAAGCCCCCGGGUGCACGGCACAGCCCCCUCACUGCAUGAGUCCAUGGAUUACAUGUGUUUUCGAGCCCUCUGCUGUAAGGGUCCUCCACCACCACGCCCUGAAUAUGAUAUUGUAUGUAUAGGUCUCACAGGAUCCGGCAAGACAAGCCUUUUAUCACAGCUGUGCAGUGAGAGCCAAGACAACAUUGUGCCUACCACAGGUUUUAGUAUAAAAGCGGUUCCGUUCCAUAGUGCCAUUCUGAAUGUAAAAGAACUUGGAGGAGCAGCGAAUAUACGGAAGUACUGGAGUCGUUAUUAUCAGGGAUCUCAAGGUGUAGUCUUUGUUCUUGAUAGUGCCUCAUCAGAAGAAGACCUAGAAACUGCCAGAAAUGAGCUCCAUUCAGCUCUUCAGCACCCACAACUAUGCACUUUACCAUUUUUAAUAUUGGCUAAUCACCAAGACAAACCAGCGGCUCGUUCCAUACAAGAGAUCAAGAAGUAUUUCGAACUUGAACCACUGGCACGAGGCAAAAGAUGGAUUCUACAGCCAACCUCACUGGACAACAUGGAAGCUGUAAAGGACAGCUUUUCAAUGCUAAUAAACCUUUUAGACGAUCAAGAACUUGAGCCUGUUCAGUUGUGAGAAGUCUCGGACACAGCAGGCUUCUUCACCUUGUACUAGGAACAUUUUUACUUCUUAGGAAUAUUAUACAUAAACAGCAGCAUCAAAUCUGGGUCGCAGAGAGUCCUUAUUGUUUGCUGCCUUAUAUCUACAUCUAAUUGCUUCUUUUUUAAUAUAUAUUUUUUGUGGAUAGUAUCAUUUAAGCAG